ACAUAAUUGUACUGUUGCUUUGCUUGUUUUAAGAUAAGCAGCAGACAUUUCUCUCUUUUGCAGCUGGAGAUUAAAUGACACCAAGCAGAGUCUACUGUUAGAUUAGAUUAUCAGGACCCAGAAUAACAAAACAAAAAUGCAUUUGGAAGCACUUCUCUAUUAUUUUCUGCUUAUUUCUCUGAGUAUUGCUCUUGCUGAGAAUGAACACAAUGGAAUGCCCAGGAAAGCGAGGAGGAGGAGAAUGCGCUAUAGAAGAUUAAGAAAGGGCUCCUUAGCAAAUGGUAGAUUAAACAUGCAACCACAAAUCACAUCCCCAUUGCUAACUACUUCAGUACCAAACAUUCCACUUAUUAAUAUUGAUGGUGAUAUUACAGGAAUAUUUGGCUCUUUUAUUGGUUUAGAUGGACAAGAAUCCAGCUACAAUAUUUUACCAGGAAAGGAAGGACGCUGCUUUGUUAAUGGAAUGACUAUGUAUGACAAUGCUGUGUGGUCUCCUAAAGCCUGUGUCACAUGUCUUUGCUCAAAAGGAAAAGUGUUGUGUGAUGAAACCUUGUGCCAUCCUCUGACAUGUCACAAACAAAGGAUACCUGAAGGAGAGUGUUGUCCAGUGUGUACAGAUCCUGUAUUAAGUACUAUUCCAUUAGGUGACACAGCUGAGUUUUCUGGUGAUAUUCCUGAACCCAAUGACCCAAGUGGUACAGUUCUGCAAGAACAACAGGCACAAGAUGAAAGGAAUAAAAGGGACAAAAAACUUAUUGAAAAGAAUGGAAUUAAAAUUAAAGAGAAAGGGAAAAGGAAGAGAAAGAGGACAAGAAUAAAAAGCCACAAACAGAGUAGAAAACAGGAACCCAUAAAUAAUGAAAUGGAAGACAAGGAGAAAAUGAGAACAGAGGAAGAAAAAAGAAGAGCAUAUGCAGAAGAAGAGCAAAGAAUUGAAACAGAAUUCAAGAGAAUAGAAAAAGAAAAUGAAGAGCAAGAGCAUGAAAAAUAUGAAAGAAGUGAGGAGGAGGAAGAGGAUGUGGAGCAGGAGGAAGAGGUGGAGGAAGAGUAUAUUUUGCGUGGUGAUGUAUUCAGAAUGCCCCCUCGUUUCUCAGUUCCUGAGUCAUCUUCUGAGAUGCCUCCUUUGCCAACUGGAUGCUCCCACUUAGACAACACACUCAGCUGCAUUAAUGCCAAACUUUCACAAAUACCACCAAUCAUGGAUGCAGAGCUUACAAGCAUAGACCUGGAGGGCAAUUACAUCACUGCCAUUCCUGAUGCAGCUUUCAAUGGGAUUCCUAAUUUGGAAAGGAUUGAUCUUCGUAAAAAUAAUAUCACCUCAUCUGGCAUAGGUCCACAGGCAUUUAAAGUGUUGAAGAAUCUGCAGCGUUUAUAUAUGGAUGGAAAUGCAUUAAUUCAUAUUCCCACUGGUUUGCCAUAUACUUUAGAAGAACUUAAAAUAAAUGAAAACCAGUUACAUGCAAUUGAUGAAGAUAGCUUUGAAGGUUUAAAGAAGUUGGUGACACUGGAAUUAGAAGGCAACCAACUUAGUGAAGCAAAUGUCAGUCCUUUAGCUUUCCAGUCUUUGAAGAGCUUGUCAUAUUUGCGCCUUGGGCGAAAUAAAUUUAGGAUUAUUCCGCAAGGUCUUCCCCCUUCUAUUGAGGAAUUAUACCUUGAUAAUAACCAAAUUGAAGAAAUUACAGAUAUUUGCUUUAACCGUACCACAAAUAUAAACACAAUUGUUCUAAGACAUAACAAACUGGAGGAAAGCCGAAUAGCCCCACUGGCAUGGAUCAAUCAUGAGAACUUGGAAUCUAUUGACCUGUCUUACAAUAAAUUAUAUCAUGUUCCUUCCUAUCUACCCAAGUCGUUAGUGCAUCUUGUACUUAUAGGGAACCAAAUUGACAGAAUUCCAGGAUUUGUAUUUGGACACAUGAGGCCAGGGCUACAAUAUUUAUACCUUUCGUUUAACAAACUUGAUGAUGAUGGAAUUGACCCUGUGUCAUUCUAUGGGGCAUAUCACUCUCUGAAAGAAAUGUACUUAGAUCACAACCAGCUGAAGUCUGUGCCACUUGGAAUAGCAGAAAUGAGGUCAUUAACUUUUCUAAGGCUUAACAACAACAAAAUAAGAACAGUUCCUCUGGAGCGAAUCUGUAGAAUUGGAUUGGAUAAAGAGGAGGAAGGUGAUAAUACCAGUGAAGAGGAAUAUGAUGAAGAUUCACCAUUAGAACACCUUCAUCUUGAAUACAAUUAUAUCAAUACACGGGAGCUUUCACCAUACGCUUUUUCAUGCGUCAGAUCUUAUUCUAGUGUGGUUCUGAAACCCCAAAAGAUCAAAUAAAAACUGUUUUCUAUCAUAAAGCUAUUUUUUAUAUGUAAAUAAUAAAUUCAGAAUAUUUCUUCACCAGCAAAUAAAAGCAGAUCACAUACUAUGAAAGAUGGCUUAGCACCCUUAUUGCUCAAUGAAGGGCUUCAUUAUUGUUAAUGAAGGGCAAGAUGUAACUAUAGGAAUGUCUCCAUGAAAACAGGCAGUUUACAUCACUAGACAUAUUAGACUUGCAGAAUAUUUUAUACUCUAAUUAACAAAAAUGUCAUAUGCUAAUAUUCUUUCAAAUGUCAAUGUUAUAUGGUAGCACAAUAAAUUGAAGUUUAC